CAUGCUUCCUUACAUCUGUGUCCCUCUGUAGCCAUGCUUGAAUCUACUGACUAACCAUUGUGUGUUUCACUGGCUUAGGCAAUGCGCAUUGGACUGCUCAGUGCUGAGACGCUGCAAGGUGGAUCCUUUAAAGCUUUGAUUUUGACAAUACUGCUGAGUGUGUUUAUGUUCCAAGUGCUGAGGACUGUUGGACUGAGGGCGUUCUCCAUGGCAUCUGAGACGUACACGUCGGGCACACACUGUGCCGCCUUCGUCACCUGUCCAAACGACACAGUUGCUAAAGAUUUGGCCAGGGGUAUUGUGGAAAGAAAGCUAGCUGCUUGUGUCAACGUUGUCCCAGCAAUUAAAUCUAUAUAUGAAUGGCAGGGGAAGAUUGAGGAGGACAAUGAAGUGCUUCUGAUGAUCAAAACAAGAAGUUCCAAGGUGCCUGCUCUUGCCGAAUACGUCCGCUCUAACCAUCCUUAUGAGGUGGCUGAAGUCAUCAGCCUGCCUAUUGACCAGGGCAACCCGCCCUACCUGAAGUGGAUAGGAGACAUUGUACCUGAGUAAGGGUGGACUGACAGAUGAGUGGAAGAAUGAACAGAUCAAUGGAUACAUGUAAAAUUGCAUCUGAAAGUACUGUGAAAUUUGUUUUAAAACACACACCCAGUGUUUCAACACAUUAGACAUAUUGUGAACGCUGCCAUCCCAAUCUGUACCAUUGGUAACUGCAUAAAAGCUGGGUAGUACAAGGUUCCCCAUUGUGUGACUUUAUUUUUUUGAAAUGAAUAAAAAAAACAUUUUCUAACAUC